GCAGCACUCUGCGGUGUCGGCGGCGAGAUAACCGCCUCCCUCGGAGCGCACUUGUAUAAGAAAGGAGAUGUCGGAUACCUACAUCAUCCUCCAACAACCCGGCCUACAUCAGGACGCGAACGCUUCCCUGCGAGUCAAGACACAUCCGCCGCUCAGAUGUCUGAUACACAAGCCACGACUGCUUCGGGACAAGGUCAGGACGGAGAGAACGAUGGACAGGAGGGCGUUACCCGUGUGCCUCGACGAACACCCAUGGCCUGCACUUUCUGCAGAGGCCGCAAGCUGAAAUGUGAUGGUCAGCCGACUUGCGCCAAUUGCAAUCGUCGAGGUCUCGUGUGCGAAUAUGUCCCAGUGUCGGCGCAGAAGUAGGGGACUCACGUAUCGCGCAUGGUUUUGAUUUGCCUUUAAGGGGGUCUAUGAAUUAUCUAUAUAUGCCGCAGUCAGCUAGGCCUAAUAUGAGCUUAUACACGUUACUUGCCAAGCAGACGAGUGCUACUCGGG